AUGGUUGAUGCCGAUGUUAAUUUUGUGGGAUCUAAGGGUAAAUUUAUUGGUUCUGGGGUUGAUGCAGGAGUUGACGGUGAUGUUACUGUUGGAUCUGAGGGUAUUGAUGAUGUUGAUGAUUGUAAUUUUGUGAUUACUGCAAGACAAUUUGAGAGGUUGUUGAGAAAGAAACAAGUGGAGGAGUGUUUUCUGGUCUCCCCAAGGGAAUUGCAUGGUCUUUUGGAUUUGAACAAUGUGGAUGUGGUGUUGACGGAUCAAGACAAGGAGAAUGAAGCCUGGUGUGCUGAGUUUGCUGAAGCCUAUCCUGAUGUUUUCAAGGGAUCAUUGGAUACGUUGCCUCCGGUUCGUCGUACUGAUGGUGAAAUGAUUGAGUUGGAGCCUGGUACCAAGCCUAUUUCUAGGGCACCUUACAGGAUGUCUCCAUUGGAAUUGAAGGAAUUGCGACAACAAUUGGAUGAUUUACUAAGUAAAGGAUUCAUUGAACCAUGUGUGUCGGAAUGGGGUAGUCCUGUACUCUUUGUCAAGAAACCCAACGGUUCAUUGCGAAUGGUCUGCGAUUAUCGCGCUCUUAAUGCCAAGACGGUGGCUCAACGGGUGCCUUUGCCUCGUAUUGAUGAAUGUUUGGAACAGUUACAUGGUGUCACCUUCAUGAGCUCCAUCGAUCUGACUAGUAGUUUCUGGCAGCAAAGACUAACUCCUUCUGAUUCGCUCAAGAGUGCGAUCAACACCAGGUAUGGUCAAUUUUCUUGGUCGGUCAUGGCGAUGGGAUUGAAAAAUUCGGGUGCAAGAUGGAUGUAUUUGAUGAAUGAUGUCCUAAAGGAAUAUCUUGAUGAUUUCGUGAUUUGCUACAUUGGUGACUGUCUGAUUUAUACAAAGGGUGAUGACAUUGAAUUACACAAGAAACAUCUACAUCUAGUAUUCAAGAAGUUACAGGAAGCUGGUCUGGUAGUGUCCAAAGCCAAGUGCAAGUUUAAUCGCAAGGAAAUCACCUUUUUGGGUCAUGAUAUUGUUGCUGGUCAAGGCAUCAAGCCGUCUCAGAAGAAGGUAGAUGCUAUUGCUUCGUGGCCUGCGCCCAAGACUGUGCAUGAUGUGCGUAAAUUUAUGGGUCUCUGCCAAUACUACUCUACGUACAUGCCCAACUUUGCUGCUGUGGCUGCUUGUAUUACUGAUUUGACUAAAGGUGUUGGUCCUAAGAAUCGCAAGAUUGAUUGGUCAGAUGCUUGUCAAAAGGCGUUUAAUACCAUCAAGUCUCUGAUUACUUCUGCUCCUGUGCUGCUAAUGCCUGAUAUGUCUCGUCCGUUCCGCAUUGAGUGUGAUGCUAGUGAUUAUGCUGUGGGUGCCGUCUUGUUGCAACAAGAUCCAAAGUGUGAUGAUGCCUGGAAACCUGUUGCUUUUAUAUCAAAAAAGCUGUCUGAUGCUGAAAGGAACUAUCCAACUCAAGAGCGUGAAUUGCUAGCUAUCUUGUUCGCAUGCAAAACUUGGCGUUGUUUUGUGGAAGGGUCUGGGUAUGAAGUAUUUACGGAUCAUCGUCCUCUGCAGUAUUACAAGUCGUCAAGUAAAGUGUCUCCUCGUUUGGUCCGCUGGAUGCAAGAUCUUGAAAUGUAUCAGCCAUCUUUGGUCUACAAGAAGGGUGUUGAUAAUGUCGUUCCGGAUGCCUUGAGUCGUCGUGAAGGUCCUGAUUGUGAGCCUGAUCCGGUGUCAAUGGAACCUGAAUUCCUAUAUGAAAUGUCUACCACUAUUUUGAACAAAGUGUUACAACCUUCUGAUACUUCGCUGCUCACUGAUCCUUGUCAAGGUUGGCCUAUAUUUUAUAAGAAGAAGCGGGAAGAUUGGCCCGAAAAAUGGCGUGCUCAACUGGAAAAGGAGGAAUCCAAUUUUGAAAUAGUUGAUAAUGUCUUAUAUCGGCUGAACCUUGAGGCUACGGGUAGAGAGGCUUCCAAACUGAAAUUUAUCACUUUUGCUCGUCGUGCUGAUCUGAUUGAAAAUUUUCAUCGUGGUUUUGGCCAUUCGGGUCAAUUAACGGUAUAUCAUUUGAUGAAGCAACGUGUCUGGUGGCCCUCUAUGCGCAAAGAUAUUAAUUAUUGGCUAAAGACUUGUCCUGAAUGUCAACUGCACUCUCGUAACGAGAAAGGUACCCAUCAUGCUCCCAUGAAGCCACUUGAAGUUCCUGCUCCUUUUGCUCGUUGGCACAUUGAUUUCAUUGGUGAACUGCCCACUACUGGUAAUGGUAAUUGCUGGAUUCUGAUGGCUGUAGAUUAUGCUACAAAUUGGCCUAUCGCUCGUGCUCUAAAAUCUGCUUCUGCGGAUGAAACUGUCAAGUUCAUUUAUGAAGAGAUUGUGAUGAAAUUUGGUUGUCCUGUUGAAGUUGUCAGUGAUCGUGGUGCAAAUUUUCUCAGCAAGAUUCUCAAGCAAUAUAUGCACAAGAUUAGAUCAAAGCACAUGCUUACCUCUGCAUUCCAUCCGCGUACCAACUCAAAGUGUGAAAGAUUGAAUCAAACAUUCAAACAUAUGUUAACUAAGUAUGUCAAAGGACUGGUUCACUCUUGGGAUGAAUAUGUGGAUUCAUCACUGUUCUCUUGUCGUAUCCGCAAGCAUGCUACUACUGGAUAUAGUCCUUUUUACCUGGUCUAUGGUCAAGAGCCUGUGUUGCCUGGCGAUUCUCGUCGUCCUUUUAUGGAUCCUUUAACUGAGGAAGACCCUGAAUUGAUUGCUGAAGAUGUUCUUGCUCGCAUUCGUGAUCUCAAGGAAAAGCGAUUUGAGGCUAAGGAACAGAUGAUACUACAGGCUCGCAAGGACAAGGAACGAUGGGAUGCUGCGCUCAAGAGCAACAAGGCCCAAAUUUUUGAGGUGGGGGAUUAUGUCAUGUUGAGGCAUGAAUCCAAGAAGGGUUUGGAGUUCAAUUGGAUGGGUCCAUAUGUAAUUUUGAAAACAAAUUUGGAUUACAACAUCUACCAAAUUCAAGAAAUCGAAGGAAAAGUCUACAACUCCUGGGUUCACACGGAUCGUCUCCAUUCUGUCCAGUAUGAUGGUGCCAAACCCCAAAAAUCUUGGUAUAUUCCUCGUGUUGCUAGAGCAAAAUAG